AUGAAAAAUCUUACAAAACUUGAAUUUGUAGCUCUUGAUAUUACGGGUAAGAAUUAUUUGUCGUGGAUUCUUGAUGCUGAAAUUCACUUAGGUGCUAUGGGUCUUGGUGUCACCAUCAAAGAAGGAAAUGAAUCAUCCAAUCAAGAUAAGGCUAAAGCCAUGUUUUUCCUUCGACAUCAUCUCCAUGAAGGAUUGAAAACUGAAUAUCUUACAGUAAAAGAUCCACUUACUCUUUGGGAAAAUUUGAAGGAAAGUUCGCCCAACAAACAAAAUAAUGAGCUAUUAAGGAAAAAUCAUGAAGUUCGCCCAAUAGGUUCUACUCCAUUCCCUGAAGUGAAUGUGACAAUAUCUAAUAAUCAUGGGCGUGGGGUACGUCAUGGCCAUGGUUGUGGUCGUGGUCGUGGCAAUGGUUGUGGUCAUGGCCGUGGACGUGGUCAAAGUCGUAAUAAUCACAACUGUGGUGGUUAUAACUAUAACUCUUCUAAUUAUAAAAGCCACCAGAAGUGGAAUAAUGAUGAAGAGAAAAAGGAAAAGGGCAAAAGUGGACAACAUAAAAAUUCGAAGAAUAGAGAAAAUAUGUGCUAA